CGUAUCCAGCGGAUUAACCUCCAAGGGCGUCCCGGGCUCCACCUUGGCUUUCGGCCCGGCCUAGGCCCUUAGGUCUCUGUUAGCGCUGCCCCCAAGAGUUAGGCCAUUUCUAGGGAAUCUCUGUAGGCAGCCGGGUCGCUGCGGGGGCUUGAGGUCGUUACGGGCGACCUCAGAACCGGGGUCCUAGGCAAAGGCGGCCAGAAUGAAGCGUGUCUGAUUGUCGCACAGGCACUGCUACCACCUAGUGCAGAAGUGAAGGAGGUUUUUCAAGCUUAGGCACGCUUUCGCAGAGGAUGGUGGUGUUAAUAAUAACCUGUCCUUUAUGUGAAGGUUGGCAGGCUUUCAUUGUCAUAGGCUGUGUUCAUAGGGCCUUGAUGUCUGCGAAACUGGGACUUCUGGGGUUGAGAAAAACUUUGUAAAACACUGCGGUGAAUUCGAGAAAUGCUAUGGUUAACAAUCAAGAUGGUACAUGCUGAAGCCUUUUCUCGUCCCUUGAGUCGGAAUGAAGUUGUUGGCUUAAUUUUCCGUUUGACAAUAUUUGGUGCAGUAACAUACUUUACAAUCAAAUGGAUGGUAGAUGCGAUUGAUCCAACCAGAAAGCAGAAAGUAGAAGCUCAGAAACAGGCAGAAAAAUUAAUGAAGCAAAUCGGUGUGAAAAAUGUGAAGCUUUCAGAAUAUGAAAUGAGUAUUGCUGCUCAUCUAGUAGACCCUCUUAACAUGCAUGUUACUUGGAGUGAUAUAGCAGGUUUGGAUGAUGUCAUUACGGAUCUGAAAGACACAGUCAUCUUACCUAUCAAAAAGAAGCAUUUGUUUGAAAAUUCCAGGCUUUUGCAGCCUCCAAAAGGUGUACUUCUCUAUGGGCCUCCAGGCUGUGGUAAAACGUUGAUUGCCAAGGCUACAGCCAAAGAAGCAGGUUGUCGAUUUAUUAACCUUCAGCCUUCAACACUGACGGAUAAGUGGUAUGGAGAAUCUCAGAAACUGGCUGCUGCUGUUUUCUCCCUUGCCAUAAAGCUACAGCCUUCCAUCAUCUUUAUAGAUGAAAUAGACUCCUUUCUACGAAACCGUUCAAGUUCUGAUCAUGAAGCUACAGCCAUGAUGAAAGCUCAGUUUAUGAGUCUCUGGGAUGGAUUGGAUACUGAUCACAGCUGCCAGGUCAUAGUAAUGGGAGCUACUAAUCGUCCUCAGGAUCUUGACUCAGCUAUAAUGAGAAGAAUGCCUACGAGAUUUCAUAUCAACCAGCCUGCUCUAAAACAAAGAGAAGCAAUCCUGAAACUCAUCUUGAAAAAUGAAAAUGUGGAUAGGCAUGUGGACCUGCUGGAAGUUGCCCAGGAAACUGAUGGGUUUUCAGGAAGUGACCUAAAGGAGAUGUGUCGAGAUGCUGCCCUUCUCUGUGUCAGGGAAUAUGUUAAUUCUACAUCAGAAGAAAGCCAUGAUGAAGAUGAAAUUCGACCUGUGCAACAACAGGACCUGCAUCGGGCAAUUGAAAAGAUGAAGAAAUCAAAGGAUGCAGCAUUUCAGAAUGUUUUAACACACGUUUGUUUAGAUUGAGAGUAAAGAUCAUUUGUACAGUUCAGUGUGAUCCAGUUUGGUGUGCCCUCUUACCAUUAGUGGAAAUAGAACAGAAGGAGGAGUGUUCUUUAAACAGUGAGGGAGUUAUAUGUUCAUGACACUGGUUUUAUACUCUGAAUUCUAAGUUAUUGAGAUAUAGUUGUUAUAUAAAUGGUAUUACUACUUGUGGAAAAUCAUGAGGAGGAACAAUUUAAUUAGCCUGAGUGUGGGUGCUUGUGUUUGACCUCUUUAGCCAUAUGUUGCAGCCUUAUAGCACCUAAGCUGGUCUUAAAGUAACAGAUGAUUUACUGAGUCGUUAGUGAGAAUUGGGGACGUGGCUAAGUGCUGGUUUCUAGAUAUGUGAGUGUGAGUGUGUGUGUGUGUGUGUGUGUGUGUGUGUGCGUGCAUGUGUGUAUAUUAAAUGUAUAUAUUCACACAUUUUAUAUUGACAUUCUGUAAAUAGGUUUGAAUACAGAAACUUUUUUUUACUCCAACUACUGAAUCAAAAAGUACCAAGUAGCAUAUCGCAAAACUAGGGUUAAUGGUUGUGUCUAAAAGGUACAGUGAUUCAGCCAUUUCUAGUUGUCACUUGUUUCAGUUGUUGUUUGUGUUUUUUUGUGUUUCUGAGGUGAGUGUUUCUCUGCGGUUGAAUAGUUGGAGUCACCGCAGCAGAGGCUUAGAUGUGGCUCGGUUUUGGUUCUCAGGGCAGUCAGAUAAAAGACUUGCUCAGUGAUCAGCACUGAGUGGUUCUCAGCCACUUGGGUGAUCAGAACUGACUUCAUCUCCUUCUGCAAACACACUGAGUAGAGACAUUUUUUUUAAUUGAUACAUGUGAAGGUGGACUGAAAGCCUUUCAAAAGAAUGGCUUUGAAAAACCUCAGUGCCAUUCAGUACAUGUAUGUGACUUUCCUUUCUUCAUUUAAUGUAACAGUUCUGUUGUAACCAUGGUUUAUUAGUCUUAUUUUAAAAUUAUAUGUUCUUUAAUUAUGGUCACAUAUAAUUUGGUCAUCAAAAAUGAAACGAUAGUUUAAAACAACUAGCUGUUACUAAAUAUGCUAAAAAUACCCAAUUUGUAAUUUUAUUUUUUUCUUAGCAUAUCAUAAAUUAUGCCCUACUUAGUAUAGAUAUGCACAGCAGAAUCCCCAUAUUGUAUCUGUAGUCAUUUGAUGCUCUGUGCACAAAAUAUGACUCUUUUUUUGUCCAAAAUGUCAUUAACCAGAAUUCUGUUAUAGGCACUUAAACAUAUACAGCAUGAGGAAAAUGGCACAAUAUGAUCUUGAGGUGCCUUCUGAAUUUUUGUUUUUGUUGUAUUUCUUUGAAAAUUCUCACUCUUAAUUCAUGAGCUACUGGAUUAAUUUCUUUGAUAUUAAGUCUCUCACUAGAACCCAUUGGAUAGUUUGUUCUUCAUUUGUUCUUUGAAUGGUGGGUGGGGUAGAGGUUCAAGUUUUGAAAAAUUGUGAAGAUGAUUGAAAAAUUGAAUGCAAAACAUAAGAUACCAAAAAUAAAAUAUUUCAUCUCCAUUUUUAAUAACUAUAUUAUACUGUUAUUUUAUAAAUAUGUAAUAAAAAGAUCCAUCUUAAUUGA